CGGGAUGUACGAUAAAGAUGAUGCCAAUUGAACUUCGUUCCACUCGAGUUUAGAUUUUGCGUGACUUAUACGUCACCCAAGACAUUGGUACAGCCAUUCGGGUACCAGUCGAGUAAAGAAUUUGAACAUAACGUUGCAGCGUUAGCCUGGUUAGCUAGCUAGCUAGUCAUAACCGGUACGUACUCUGCCGACCACUCGCGUGAAAGACAACACGUUUUCCGCUCAAGUCCUUAUUUAAGUGACAAUAGUGAACCAGUUAUGGGUCGACACUCAUCGAGCAGUGAAGGUGAAAGCCGGAGCAGAAAGAAGAAAAAACAGCGUCGCCGCUCGUCUUCAUCUUCCUCUACGUCGUCCUCGUCCUCCGGGAGCAGGGUGACAAGCAGUCGGAGCCACAGAUCAAGCCGCCGGAGCCGCUCACGUUCACGGGAUAGGAGACGAAAGAAGCGUUCGAGCAGCAGCUCAUCCCGAAGUUCAUCUCGCAAAAGGAGAAGUCGUAGCGGUGACAAGGGAAGGAGCCACCGCUCACACAGGACAUGUAGCCGGGACAGAAGGUCUCAUUCUCGCCACCGACGAUCUCGCAGCAGGAGCGGCAGCCGCAGUCGCCGAGGAAGCCACGGGCGCCGAAGGAGCCGCAGCAGAGACCGGGCCCGGAGCAGACAUAAAGGCCGCGACCGAGAUAAAGACAAGGGACGGGAUCGGGACAGGGACAGAGAGAAGACCAAGGACAAGGUGGAGAAAAAGGGGGAUGCUGUGAGCAUGAAAGCAGGAUUGGAGCAUCUGACACCAGCGGAGCAGGCUAAGGUUCGAAUGCAGCUGGUCCUGCAGGCUGCAGCUAAAACAGAUGAAGUCCUGAAGGCCAAAAUAGCCAAGCAAGAGCAGGAGACCCGAAAAAAGCGGGAUAUAGAGGGAACUUCACUCGAGGACCAAGUGCGAAGGAUAAAGGACAUCGAGGCCAUCGAGAGCGACUCCUUUGUUCCACAGGCUUUCAAAUCAUCCCGGGACGACGUCAAGACUGACCCUGUGGUGAAGCAUGAGUCGGACAGGAUGGAUGACGCCGACCUCAGUUUUCCCCUGUCCAUUGUUUACAACGACAGCGACACUUUGGCUCAUCCCGCUCUGUUCAUGGACAAAGAGAAGGCUGAGGAGAUGUGGCUCAACAGGCUGAUUUCACUGCGCCAGGAGAGGCUAAUGGGAAGUCCUGUGUCCUAACCAAGGAACGCCAGGAGAUCCGUCCUCUUCUCAGGAUACCUUUGUUUGGGGACAUUCAUCACGAUUCUAAUUGUUGCUUCAUUUUAGUCUGUCUGUUCACUUGGGAAUUUAAACAUAUUGAAACCAUGAUGUGAAUCUGGUUUACCUGCUGUGUUAGUAUGCGCUUGUCAGUUAAAGAAAACCCUCCCAGUUAAAAUGACAGCUUUGACUUUAACAUCUUAGUACAGUGGAAAUAAAAAAAAAGUCUACACACUCCUGUUCAAAUGCUACAUUUUUGUAAUGCAGUAUAACUAAUAGAGAGGUGAAGUAAAAAUAAACAAGUGUGCACACGCUCUUAUAACUGGGGAUGUUCACAUUUCACAUUCAAACUCAUUCAAACUGUUAAAUGGUAGUUAGCGGACCACCAAGUCCUCCUGAUUAACUCCAAAUAAUGUUUCGAUGUUCUAGCAGUCUUUUUCCUGCCCCAAAUCAUGAUGCUUCCACCACCCUGCUUCACUUUUGGUGAUGAGUAGUGUCUGCACCAAACAUAACUUUUGGAAUCAUGGAUUUCAUCAGACCAAAACACAUUUUCCCACCUGACACUUUUGGCUUUUUCAAAUACCUUUUUUUGUUUGUUUGUUUUUUCCUUGCAAACUCCAUCUUGCUUCCACGAAUGAGAUGGGGGGAUUGUUGUCACGUAUUGCCAGAAAUUUCUGUAGCUCAUCCAAUGUUGUCGUCUUCAUUAGCCUCCCCGGACAGCUUUCUGGUCUUUUCAGCAAUUCUGGAGGGAUAUCCAGUUCUUGGUAAUUUCUCCACUUGAUGACUGCUGUCUUUGCUGCGUUCCACGUUUUAUUCAUGCCAUUUAAAGUCUACUGCACCCCUUCCCUGACUGAUACCUUUGAGUGAGACCCCACUGAUGAUGUGGAAGCUCCCUGCAGAUAACCUUUCAGAGUGGCAAAAGUCUGUUUAAUGAUUUAUAUGUGUCUCUUUUUCUUAUAUAACCGGAGAAAGUGGCUUUUGAACCAGGGAUGUGUGGCCUUUUUAUAUCCAGUGAAUCCACGGAUUGUCCUAGGUCAACAACUUAAUUAAUAAAAGAGCUGCUUUAAAGUUA